AUAAUAUUUCCAAUGUUUCAGAUCCUUAACUGCAUCUUAGCUUUUCUAGCACAGCAAGGAUGGUUGGUAACAGCAUUGAUAGUUAUAUAUUUAUAGACUGCAACGGGACAUCACUUAUCCAUAUUUGCAAGCACUUAGACCAGCCUUUCUCAACCAGGGUGCCCAGGCACCCUGGGGGGUGCCUUGGUAAAAUGGCUAAAAAUUGCCCAAAAUGUAUAUACAAGCCAGCGGGUGGAACAAGCCUGCCUUUUAGUAACACAAAGCCACAGGUUUUCAUUGUGCACCAUUACAACCUUUUAGCCGCUGGCAUCCUGACAACCAAUGACAUCAUCAGUUGA